UGAGUGAGUUUGCUGACAGCAUUGUGCUGCUAGCUUGGCGAGCUCGUUUUCGUCAUGUCUGGACGCGGGAAGGGCGGAAAAGGCUUGGGCAAAGGGGGCGCCAAACGGCACCGCAAGGUAUUGCGAGAUAACAUCCAAGGAAUCACAAAGCCUGCUAUCCGGCGCCUUGCUCGUCGCGGUGGCGUGAAGCGCAUUUCCGGUCUCAUUUACGAGGAGACUCGUGGAGUUCUUAAGGUAUUUUUGGAAAAUGUGAUUCGCGAUGCUGUCACCUAUACGGAGCACGCCAAGCGCAAGACCGUGACAGCUAUGGAUGUGGUCUACGCGCUCAAACGACAGGGCCGCACCCUUUAUGGCUUCGGCGGCUAAUCCUUAAAUCAAGUUUCUUCCACAGAACCA